UUUCAUUUCGAUGACGGAAGCUGAAAUUUAAAAUACGCUCAGCUGCCAGCUUUUUUUCUUUUUUUCUUUUGAAUUACUAACAAAAAACAUGGAGAACAUUGACAGUUUAAUUCUCUCAUUGACUAAAGAAGAAGAGGCGCUAAAAAGAGCAAAUCAAGCUAAUGCUUCUAACACGGCAAAGAAGCCAAAAAGGCACACAUCUGAAACUGACGAAGAAGCACCAUAUUCUGAUGAAGAAGUAGGCAUAGAUGAUGAUGAAGAUAUGGAAGAUAUUGACGAGUAUGGUCCUGAUCUGUAUAAAGAUGAAGAAGAUCGUAAAAGACUACAAGCACUUCCAGAAGUUGAGAGAGAACGUAUUCUGGCUGAACGUUCAGAAGAAAGACAGAGAAACUUGGAAAGAUUAGAAGUCAGAAAGUUACUUAAAGAUGGACGAAGAGAGGAUAUUACUAGGCGUUCAGCAAGAGCUAAAGGCAGUAGUACGUCACAGGCACUUUCAGAGUUAGCAAGACGCAGAGAAGAGAAGAAUAGAGUACGCAGUAAGCGUGGCCGUAAUGAAGUAUCUUCUACCUCAGACAGCAGAAAGAGACGAAAGCGAUAUGAAGACCAAAGCGACUAUGAAUAUAGUGCAGAUGAAUCACCCGCAUCAGAAGACGACGCAGAAGAAAAGGCUAAAAAGAGAGUACCUCAGCUGGAAGAAUUUCAAUCUGCUUGCAUAUCAAGAAGCAUGAUUGAAAAGUGGUUAUUUGCACCAUUUUUUGAAAAUUUAGUUCUUGAUGGCUUUGUUCGUAUAUACAUUGGACAAGAUCCACAAAAGAAAGUUCCUGUGUAUAGACUUUGUCAAGUUAUGGAGAUUGUGCCAUGGCAUAAGAUUUACACAAUUGGUGAAAAUACAUCAUGUAAUCAAGCACUCAAGUUAAAGCAUGGCAAAGCAGAAAAAAUAUUUACUAUGGAUAUUAUCUCAAAUCAACCUAUCACUCAGCACGAAUACUCUCGCUUUAUAGCCACAUUAGAGCAUGAUAAAGUACGCGUUCCCUCUAUGGAUCACAUCAAGCAAAAAGUAGAAGAUAUAAAAAAUGCCAGAGAAUAUGUAUUGAACGAUAAAGAAGUAAAUGAAAUGAUUGAAAGGAAACGAGCCGUGAAGGGUUCAUCCAUGAAUGCUGUUAUGGAAAAAGCACAACUUAUGGCACGUCUUCAGCAUGCGGAAAGCAAUAAUGAUACUGAACAAGUAAUGAAGCUGACAAAGGAACUAAAGGAGUUGGAAGAAAGAACCUUUAGUGCUGAAGCACAAAAACAAAGCGUGUGGGCUGAUAUCAAUAGUAGAAAUAGAGAAAAAGAUAGAAUAGAAGCACAUCAAGCAGAAUUACGCGAAAAGGAAGCUAGGCGAAAAGCAUUAUUAGAAAGUGUAAUGGCCCAAAAAGCAGCAGCAGUUGCAGCAGCAGCAACAACAACAGCAACAGGAGUGGCAAGUGAUUCAUCAAUUAUGGUAAAGGAUACAAGCAAUAAGCCACUUGCAAAGAUCGUGGCCUUAAGUCAAGGUACCUUUGAUGUAGAAAAGUUGUCUGGUUAUCAAACGCCCUAUGUGAGGCUAGUUAAUAAGGUUGCACAGGAAAUUAAAAUUGAACUUUUUGAGUAAUUUGAAAAAUAAACACUUCAAAUUCAGACGACAGCUGAAAAAAACAAUCAGUGUGUGGGGGCAUUGCUGCAACAUCCACUGAAUCUUAGGACUUAUCUAUCAAAUGCGCAUCGUUUUAUAUUAACAUGAAUUCAUAUCUGAUGUGUUUGAUAUAAACCAUUAUAAUCUAUAUCUUACUGUAGCGCAUACAUUCUACUUUAUAUUGCAUCUGAAAAGAUGGACUUAUGUUAAUAACUAUAGUAGCUACUAGUA